AAACGUCUACCGAGGUGGACCUUGUUAAAAUAUUGAUAUCAGCAUUCCUAAACAUUACGUCACAAGAUAAUUUACGACAAGCCUUUUUAGAUCAAAGGGGAGCACAAAUAAUGUUUGAUUAUUGGGAGAAAAAUUGGACAAACAUAGAUACAGAAAAUCUUACAAAUACAAAAUCUAAAGAAAUUUUAAGUAUAUUACAAGUUUUAUUAACCGUCGUUGUAUCAGAAAGGGACAUUUUCAUUGUUAGAAAUGAAGAUGAACUUUGGAAAAUUGUGAAGACCGGGUGUCAAAUAGCGGAGAUUCUUGGUAUAAAUCGAAUCAAUCAAACUUUGAACCUUG